AUGCUACAAGGGGAUCCAGCAUGCAUAGGCUAUAUCUGUGCAUUUGCAAUUUUUCAUAGAGUGCUUGAAGUAGGAAAUGAUGAAAUGCAUAACCUAAAUCUGUUUGGGAAUCCAGAAGAUCAAUUUGGUGAGGUUGAAGUAGAAAAUAAUGAAGUUCAUAACCUAAAUAAACCUGGGAAUCCAGAAAAUUCAUCACUUGAGGCUCACUUGUCUGCCAUGCAUGAUGAGAUGUGGGACGUGAUAACUGAUGGACCCAUCCAGAUACUACAAGUGAACCCCAAUCGUGUUGUUACCGAUCCGACAUCACCAGAAAUGAUUCCAAAGGAGAAAUCCUUGCUAACUACCGAAGAGAGAACCCGAGUAAAUCUCGACAAUAUAGCCAAGGAUAUACUCUACAAGGCAUUGGACGAAUCAUUGUUUCCAAGAGUAAGAAAGUGCAAGACUGCUAAAGACAUCUGGGAUGUACUCAUGCUCAUAGGUGAUGGAGACGAACAAGAGAAGGAGAACAAGCUGACGAUUGCCAUGAAGAAGUUUGAAGAUUUCAAACUCAAUCCGAAGGAGUCCAUAACUGAAAUGGAAGCUCGGUUCAUAAAGUUAUGGAUGGAAAUCAAUGAUCUUGAUGAGAAAAAGCUAACACAAAAGGAGAUAAACUUGAAGAUUCUCCGAGGACUACCCAAAAGCUGGGAAAUGAAAGUAGUAGCUAUGCGUGAUCAUAGAGACCUCAAGACAACAAGUACUACUCAGAUCUUUAGUGAUCUGAAAGCCUACGAGUUCGAGAAGGAAGCUCAAAAUGAUGAAGAACUAGAGACGAGAAAUAUAGCCUUAGUUGCAAAUCAUCAAUCUUCAUCAUCAACACCAAGGUCAAAUUCUAAUCCCUCAUCUGAUUUUUUCACUGAUGAUCAGCUUGCUUUGUUCAUGAGAAGGUUCAAAAGAUUCAUGCGAAAGAAUCAAUCCUAUGAUAACUCUGACAAGACGAGAAGAACGAAGUACCGAAACAAUGACAAGACUAGCGGAUCCAGAACACAUGAGAAGGAUGAAAUACAAGAUGAGCACAACUACAAGAAGAAUUCGGGAAGUUAUCACAACCCGAAGAGUGCAUCAAAUAACGCUGACGAAGAGCCAAACAAAAACCAGAAGAAUGAUAGGCGAAGGAAGGCUCUAGCUGUAGAAGAGAAGUUAGAAGAAAAGAACGACGAGUCAUGCACUUCUAGCCCCAGUUCAGAAAGUGACAGUUCGGAAGAUGAGAAAGGACUACUGUGUCUUUUCAGUCAAGAGGACUCGGAUGAAGAACUGUGCCUUAUGGCAGAUGAAGAAGAGGUAACUUCACAAAACCACUCUUCUAAUUAUAGUUCCGAAUCCACAUAUCAUGAAAACCCUAGGGAAGCAUUCGAAAGAAUAAUGAAGAGUUUUGAUGGUAUUGAGGAUUCACACAUCAGACUCAAAGAAGAGAAUGCCAAGCUAUUGGCAGAAAGACAAGAUCUCGAGGACUUAAGAUCCAAAAAUGCUGAGAUGCUUGAAUCUAUAAGCCAGCUUGAGAAGCAAGUUCAUCUUCUUGAGGAAGAGUGUAAAGCGAAGGAUGAUAGAGAGCAAAAUUUGCGUGCGGUACUUGCGACAUUUACAAAUUUAUCCAGAUUAAUGGAUCGAAUGGUAGAUGAUCAAAGACCAUCAGGGAGUAGAACCGGACUUGGUUAUAGCUCCAGCUCUUAUCAACAUGUUCUCUUAACACGACCAACUAACCCUUCUACUAGUGGAGGUUUAAGUUCUGUGUUUGUCCAAUGA